GUUUGCAUGAGGCAAUACAAUAGACCGCUGUGUUUAAGCCCUGGAAUGAGUUUUAUCUCGGCAUCAUCACUGUCUAAAAAACAAGCAGGCAGGUUCACAGUAAUCAACAGUUCUGCGAAGAAACCGUGCUAGACGUUUGUUUAACUCUGAAAUAAUGAUGGACUGUCCUGCUGUAGCACCUGAGUCUGUCUUUUCUUUUAUGGUUUUUCUGUUCUUACCAGUACAAGUUCAUAUGCAGCAAAAUUAUGUUGCAAAUUUGCCUACACAAAUAACAGCGCUGAGCGGCUCUUGUGUGCAGAUACCUUGUACAUUUGCACCAGAGGACAAACUGAAAAACACAAAUACUAUAUUUGGCUGUUGGAUAAAGAAGAACUCUGCUUUUCUCAAAACAGAUAGUUUGGUAGUUUUUAAUGGAAGUACAAACAUCAUAAAAGGAUUUAAUCAUAUAGAAAUACUUGGAAAUCUUAGUCAGCGUGAAUGUACCACUGUUUUCUAUGAUGUCAUGAACAAUCACACAGACAAUUACUACUUUAGGGUGGAAAUGAAGAAUCCAGAGGAAUGGAAAUGGACAUAUGCUGAGAAUCCUGUCUACAUUUCUGUCUCCCAUGUACCACAGCCUCCCAUCCUUACACCUACUCAUCUGCAACCAGUGAUGGAGAAAACUACAGUCAAUCUGAGCUGCUCUGCUGAAGCCCCCUGCCCCAAACAACCUCCUACAAUAUCCUGGUCUAAGAUCCCUAAAUCUGCAAACAUUACAACACAGUUAAAGGAGAAUCCUAAUAAAACCCAGUCAGUGUUUUCACAUGUGACCUUCAAAGCUUCAUACAUGGACAACACAAAGAACAUCUCCUGCACUGCUACAUAUCCAAGAAAUACAUCUAACGACUCAACUGUGGUGACCACCAUGAUCCUAAGAGUACUUUUUUCUCCGAAAGAAACUCACAUCACCGUCGAUCCAUCUGAUUCAGUCUCUGUUGGCACUAAUGUGACUUUGACCUGCAAAAGCAAAGCCAAUCCAAAUGAAAUGAACUACACUUGGUACAAACGUGGGCAGGAGAAAAAGCUGGAUUUUGGAGAUAAAUUGACCUUCAAUGUAGAUAGAACAAGUGGAGGCUGGUACUUCUGCACAGCAGAAAAUAUACAUGGUACUCAGACAUCAGAAGAAAUCCAGCUGAUUGUGGAAAAAUCACAGAACAAAUCAUUGAUCAUUGGCUGUGUAGGAGGAAUUUCAGCAUUUCUGUUGAUCUUUCUUCUGGUAACAAUCUUCCUAAGAGUGCAAAGAGUAAAGGCAUCCAUUAUUAGAGAAACUGACGUCUCAGAUCAGGGUCAGGAAAAACAUGUGCAGGUCAACCACAUUUACCAUAAUAGUGCUCUGACGGGUGCAGAGUUAGAAAUGCCAAACGAUGAGAAUGAUAUCCACUAUGGGCAGAUUGACUUCUCCACUGCCCAAAACAAAAACGCCACAGAGAAGAUCUCAGGGCAAGAAACAAUAUAUGCUGAGGUGCAUGUUUCAGAGAAAGAUUAGUUUACAUUAGAAUAAACAGAUUGUAUAAAUUGAACUGCAUAAAUGUAGUACAUUUUGUCUUGUGUCAUAUCUCCAAUCAGCAGUUUUUUAAGUAAUUAAAACAUACUUAUUAGGUUCUUUAUCGUAGGUUUCAUAGAACUGAUUUAUGAGGUACGUCGUUCAUCUAUCUUUCUGAGGAUAGUUUUUCUGCAUAGUGAUUCCAGAGUCAUCAGAGGAGUAUUCUGUAAUUGUACUGUUAUUAUUUUUCAUCAGUGUUGUUUUCAGACAAAAUUUUGUGUAGAUUUGUUUUAAAACAAGUAUAGUUUAUAAUAAAUGAAAUUCAGAGCAACACUUUUUGCAGUCAAGUUAUUCAUUAAGGAAAAUAA